AUGAAAAUGGGAAACCAAACAGUCGUCUCAGAAUUCCUCCUCCUGGGCCUGCCCAUUGGACCUGAUCAGCAAGACUUGUUCUAUGCUCUGUUCCUGGCCAUGUAUGUUACCACCGUCCUGGGGAACCUCCUCAUAAUGUUCCUGAUUCGACUGGACCCCCACCUCCACACACCCAUGUAUUUGUUUCUCAGUAACCUGUCUUUCUCUGACCUCUGCUUCUCCUCUGUCACAAUGCCCAAAUUGUUACAGGACAUGCAGAGCCACAUCUCAUCCAUUUCUUAUGCUGGCUGCCUGGCACAAAUGUACUUCUUCCUGCUUUUUGCAGACCUGGAGAGCUUCCUCCUUGUGGCCAUGGCCUAUGACCGCUAUGUGGCUAUCUGCUUCCCCCUGCACUACACCACCGUCAUGAGCCCCAGGCUCUGUCUCGCCCUGCUGGUGCUGUCCUGGGUGCUGACCACCUUCAUUUCUUUGUUGCACACCCUGCUCAUGGCUCGGCUGUCUUUCUGUGCUGAUAACGUGAUCUCCCACUUCUUCUGUGACAUGUCAGCUCUGCUAAAGUUGGCCUGCUCUGACAUUCAGAUAAAUGAAACAAUGAUUUUUAUCUUGGGAGGGCUUGUCAUUAUUGUUCCAUUCCUGUUGAUAUUUUCAUCCUAUGCACGAAUUGUGUCCUCCAUCCUCAAGGUCCGCUCUGCCAGGGGUAUCCGCAAAGCUUUCUCCACCUGUGGCUCCCACCUCUCUGUGGUGUCUCUCUUCUACGGGACAAUCAUUGGCCUCUACCUUUGCCCUUCAGCUAACAACUCUACUAUUAAGGAGACUGUCAUGGCUGUGAUGUACACUGUGGUGACCCCCAUGCUGAACCCUUUCAUCUACAGCCUGAGGAACAGAGACAUAAACGGAGCCCUGAGAAGAAUCUUUUCAAAAUGGACAAUUAGCUUUUUUUCAGCCAGUGACUUUAAAGAUUAA